UCGUCACUGGCCGCCGUAACCCUACGACAACUCACAUACCUUCACCAUGGCGACAUCAACGACAUCCUCCCUCUCAGAGACGCUUUCUGAGCGCUUUCUUGUGAUUGUCGCUGCGGUGCUCGCAUGUGCCCUAGCAUACCUUGGUCCCAAGAUAAUCUCCAUCAUCCGUCUUGCUGCGCUACCAGUCAUCGGGACUGAGCUGGGCAAUGAAGAAAAACGCAGACAGGCGUAUCUUCAGGGCGCACGCAAGCUAUACUACGCAGCCUAUGACAAUUUCAAGAAUGGACUCUUCAAGGGGGCGGCUCGGCUCACCACUUCACGAAACGCCAACGUGAUUGUGGUCUCGCCAAAGUUUCUGCCAGAGCUCAAUAAGCUGCCCGACAGCGUCGUGAGCAUGGAGGCCGCGGUUGACGAUGCCAUGGAAACCAAGUACACCAAGAUUGAAAGUCACGUGCCUAUCAUCCCACACACUGUCACGGGCAAAUUGACCCCGUCGUUGACUCGCCUCAAUCCUACAAUUGCACGCGAGACUGCCGAAGCCCUGGAGUUGGAGAUGCCACUUCGGGAAUUUACCAACUGGCAAGAGGUCAACAUUCACGAGAAGCUCCUCCGCAUCGUGGGCAUGGUGUCUGGCCGCAUCUUCAUCGGACCAGAGCUCUGCCGUUCUGAAGAGUACUUGGACGCCGCAAUUAACUACACGAUGGACGUUAUGAAGGCUCAGCGCGCCGUUCAAAGGAUGCGGCCCUGGAUGCGACCGUUUUUGGCCAACACGCUGCCCGAGAUCAAGCAUCUGAAUCAGCGUCUCAACGAGGCGCAGGCCUUCCUCAAGCCGCUUGUCGAUCGCCGGCAGAAGCUGCAUGCGGAGAAACCUGACUCGGAGGACGGUCCUGAUGAUUUCCUGCAGUGGAUGCUCGACAGCCAAGACAAGUUCACCGAUCCAGCAAGCCGGAACUUCGCCAAGGUCCAGCUGGGAUUAAGCUUUGCCGCUAUUCACACCACGACGCUGACAGCUACCAAUGCGUUUUACAAUCUGGCCGCCGCGAGCGAGGCAGUCAAGAAUGAGCUCAAGGAAGAGGCUGUCCAAGCACUGUCGGAAAAUGACGGAGUCUUCACAAGCAAAUGUCUGCAAUCCAUGAAAAAGCUUGACAGUUUCCUCAGGGAGACGCUCCGGAUGACACCUGCUUCUAUGGCAUCGUUUCAACGCAAACUACUGCAGGAUGUCCGACUGUCGAACGGCCAGGUUGUCCCCAAGGGCGCAACAAUUGAGAUCCCUGCCGUCGCCGUGAAUAACGAUCCUGAGAUAUUUCCCAACCCGGAAGAGUUCGACCCGUUCCGCUUCUCUCGGAUCCGCGAGGAAGGCAAAGCAGGGGCCGCGGCGCUUAAUCAAUUCGUCAGCGUCAACCAAACAAGUCUGACGUUUGGAUUUGGACGUCAUGCGUGCCCUGGCCGAUUCUUCGCCGCGAAUGAGAUCAAAAUGAUUCUUGCCAACACACUCAUCCGUUACGACGUUCGCAUGCCAGGAGACAACGCCGCAAGGUGGCCCAACCUUGAGUUCGCUCAUAUGGUAAGUCUCAAUAAUUCGAGUACUGCUUCAAAAUUAUCAUCAAGCCUUGAUUGA